AUGGAUGUUGUGGAUGCCAAUCUUUUUACUAAGAAAGAACAGAUCACUUCCAAAAGUGAAAUGUGCCUUGCAUCCGUGAUAGAAUUGGCUUUAGACUGCACAAAGGAAAUGCCAGAAUCAAGAAUAAACAUGAAAGAGGUUGUAGCCCUGAAUCUUCCUAAUUUACAGCUUCAAGGCACAAUUUCCCUGUCUUUGGCCAAUUUGUCCUCUCUCAGAGAGCUCAACCUCGAGAACAACUUAUUCCAUGGGGGCAUCUCUUAUGGACUUGGCCACUUGCCUCGCUUGCGUGUGAUUGAUGUUAAAAAAAAUCAGCUCAACGGUAUAAUUCCACCUACUAUUGGAAAUGCCACAAAGUUGCUGAACUUUAGUUUGUCUGUUAAUAGAAUCAACGGCAAUAUUCCUGAGGAGAUCGGUAAUCUGAGACAGCUUGCAGUUUUGUCCUCGACUGAUAAUAAAUUAACAGGUUCCAUUCCUGAAGCACUGUUUCAUAUCUCGUCACUACUUUCUGUAUCUCUGGGAAAGAAUAGCCUGUCUGGUCCUCUCUUGAUUCCAGAGGCUAUUUUUAAUAUAUCUUCGUUGAAUUACAUUGCGUUAACUUUAAACAAAUUCUCGGGGAGAAUUCCAACCUCUGCUGGUCUUCAUCUUCCGAACCUCUUAGGACUUUACUUGUCUGGCAAUGAGCUUGAAGGGGAAAUUCCUCUGCACAUCACAAAUGCUUCCAGGCUUGUAAGGUUGGGGCUAGCAACCAACUUUUUCAGUGGCAGUAUUCCAACUAAUUGGGAAAGUCUUCGUGAUUUACGACUUCUUUUCCUACAUGAUAAUCAUCUUACCAGUGAAUAUGGGUUGCCAUUCUUCCAAUCUUUGGCAGACUGUCGGAUGUUGCAAUAUCUAGAUGUGGGUUAUAAUCCUUUGAAUAGCAUUCCGCCAAACUCAAUAGGGAAUCUUUCAUCUACUAUUGAAUUCUUUGAAAUAAGCGAUGCUCAAAUUAAUGGCCUCAUCCCCACAAGUAUAGGCAACAUGAGUGGUCUUACAACCUUAGUCUUUCAAAAUAACAACUUUACUGGAAAUAUUCUUCUUGAGUUUGGUAAUCUUAAACAACUCCCAGGGUUGUAUCUAAAUAAUAAUAAAUUGCAGGGACAUAUUCCUGAGGCGGUAUGCCAUUUAUCUCAUUUGGGACGAUUAAAUCUGGAAGGUAAUGAGCUCUUUGGUAUAAUUCCAGCAUGUAUAGAAAAUCUUAGCAUGCUACAACAUCUUUAUUUGGAUUCUAAUAAAUUUUCACCAAAAAUUCCGUAG